AUGUCUUGGAUUCGAUCGAUACCCAUCUUUCAUCUUCUGCUCGUUUGCUUGCUCGCCGGAGACCUCGGCUUUAAUAUUUUUGCAAAUGCUAAUGCUUGGGAUUGUAGCGAAGGUUGGAGUUCACCGGGCAGUAAUUACAAUGGCUGGUUGUGUGAAACAAAAGCUUCCGGUGGCCAAUCCGUUACCCAGUAUGGCUCAAAAUGUGGAAGGAAUGAUGGGUUAUUACCAUCUGCCAGGGACUGCGUUGACGAAGAUGGAAAGCUAAUGAACAACGGGGAGUUAUGGGCUUGUGACCUAGUAUUCGACUCCUACUCUGACUACCGCAAAGACGGUAGACACUUCUAUUGCAAUCAAUCUAAAAACGUUAGCUUGUUCUAUUGCCGAAGCAUGAAUAAACCCCAACAAUGUAACAAGUUAGUGUGCUCCACAACACCUUAG